CGAUAACCAGGUAAGUGGUAUCAGUUAUUUCUUCGAGCUGGAACAACACAGAUUCGUUAAACGAUUGACUAAUUGAAACUACUGAAUUAAAGAUGAAGGAACUCUUUCUAUUAUUGGCAUAUGUUUGUUUGGCACAAUGUGCUCUAGCAAAAAAGCAAACUCGCGAUCAACAAGCUGCAGGUUAUGAAUACGAAUACGUUCAAGAACCGGCGUUGUCAGAACCUUUAUUAGCUUCAGUUCCGCUUGCUCAUGGUCGUGAACCUCCUCAACCAGGUUUUAGCGUUGGUGGUCCUUUAGCUAGUAUCGCGAAAGGCGCGGCAGAACAGGCUCAUACGCAACUAGGUAAUCAAGAAUCUGCGGCUGGACAAGCUGCAUAUGUCGCGAAGAAUACUUUAGCGCAAGCUGCUGCGCAAUCGGCAGCUACCGCGGCUGCGGCCCUUGCUGGCAAACAGAUCGUAGUUCAAGGACUGGAGCAACAAUCGAGAGAUGCUCAUGUAGCGGUAGAUGGUGAAAAGUUACAAUUGCAGCAAGCUGAACGUGCCGCGAAUGCAGCAAGGACCACUGCUAAACAAGCUAUCCAUCAGUUGCAAGUAGCUACAGCAGCUUUAAACGCAGCUCAGACGACGGCUGAACGUGCGGCGCAAGCUGCCGCGGAAGCUGCAGCCGAGCUGGCAGCGCAAACAACUAUGCUCGGUCAAGCAAAAGCGAAAGCAGAAUCAGUCGACGAACAGCUUUCUGCCGCCCGUCUCGACUAUGAAACCACUCAAACAGCCGCUGAGAAAGCUGCUACUGCAGCCGCGGCCGCACAAAACAAUGCCGCCGCCGCCGCCGCACACGUUGCCGAUACUGCUGCUGCUUCUGCACUUUUAACUCACGAACCAGUCAGUCCUUCGCCACUCCCGAAACUUCCUUCUCAGCAUAGUGCCCCGCGAGAACCCGCUGUUCUCGAACCUGCAGCUUACCAAGAACCAAGUGCUCUUCUUCUCUCUGGUGCACUUCAUCAAUCAGCUGCUCUUCGUCCGUCUAGUACGCUUCUUCGUAUUCCCUCCAGAUUCCAUGAAGCUGCCGCACUUCAUGAAGCCGAAGCUCUUCGUAUACCCGCUGCUCCUCACGAUGCUGUCUCUCUUCGCGCAUCCGGAUUGCUCCACGAAACUGGUCCUGCACUUCAAUCUCCAAACGGUCUUCAUCGUUCAGAGCUACUUAGCUUAGCCAACGCUUUACCGUCUGAUAGUUAUGAUAUUAAAAGUUAUCGAUACUAGAUUCCUUUGAAUUGGACAUUUUAGUGGAAUCUAAUACUUGUUGCUGUCUUUAUUCAGGAAUAUCAAAAACACUAUGUUCCGUAUGUCAGACUGUACAAUAAAAUAUUGUUGAAAUCUCA